AUGGUCGGUUAUCCAUUUGGUAAGAAAGCCUGGCGGCUGUAUGAUCUCGACACAGAACAGUUUUUCACAUGUAGAGAUGUGCGUUUUCAGGAGGACGUGUUUCCUUUUGCUACGAUUGAGAACUACACACCGUCGGUCGUACCAUCAGGUCCUCUCCCUGGUGAUCUUUUUCUUGAUGCACCUACCAACGUCCCCGACCCUGUACCGUCAGCUGCUGAGGAUGCCACACCAUCGACACCUAAACAACUAGUGCAUCCCCCGUUUCUGGCUCCUUCUUGUGACAUUGACUCCACUCCUUCGUUGUCAUCAGAUUCACCACAGAUCGAUCAUAUGCCUCUUGUUGAGUCACCAUCAUCACCGGGUCUUCCUGAACUUCUCGGCAAGGGUCUUUGUACCAAGAAACCGUCUGUGUUGCUUAAGGAUUACGUUGUCACUCGCAAUGUACACUCUCCCUCACACGUUCUCUCGCCUGAUCUCUCCACCAAAGAAUCCUCGUCAACGGUCUCCGGUAAGGUUUUAUAUCCUAUUGCUGAUUGCUUACAUGAGUCUGGUUUUUCAGCAAACCAUAUUGCCUUUCUUGCCGCGAUUCUCGACAGCAAUGAACCUAAGCACUUUAAGGAUGCGGUUCUCAUCAAGGAGUGGUGCGAUGCUAUGCAGAAGGAAAUUGAUGCUCUUGAUGCUAAUCAGACAUGGGAGGUUACUGAUCUCCCUCCCGGGAAGAAAGCUAUCAGCAGCAAAUGGGUCUAG